AUGAAGUUAACAGGUUGGCUAAAAGGACACCAGGUUCGGAUCCUCAUCGACUCAGGUAGCACCCACAACCUGAUUCAACCCCGCCUUGCCAAACAUUUGGGAUUGCUCUUGGAACCUGCUCCCCCCUUUUCAGUAUUGGUCGGUAAUGGCGAAAAACUUCACUGCUUCGGCAAGAUUCCAACCAUUGCAGUCGAGUUACAGGGUCACCAAUUCGAUUUAGAUCUUUAUGUGUUGGACGUUUGGGGUGCUGAAAUUAUUUUAGGAGUCCAAUGGUUAGCUACACUAGGCCCAGUCCUCGCAGACUAUCAGGCCCUUUUCAUGCAAUUUUAUUCCAAUGGGCAGUUAAUUACUUUAAGAGGGGACAAACCAAUUCAAGUGAGUUUUGCUAGUAAAAAAAAAGAUGGUACUUGGCGCUUCUGCGUUGAUUAUCGUGCUCUCAAUGCUGCCACCAUCAAAGACCGUUUCCCUCUACCGACUGUUUAUGAACUUAUUGAUGAGUUACAUGGAGCUAAGGUUUUCUCAAAACUGGAUUUAAGGGCUGGUUAUCACCAAAUUAGAGUGGCUUCAGAGGAUGUCCAUAAAACUGCAUUUCGUACAGUAGAUGGCCAUUAUGAAUUUUUGGUCAUGCCAUUUGGGCUUACAAAUGCUCCGUCGACGUUUCAAGCCAUUAUGAAUGAAGUUUUCAGACCUUAUUUACGACAGUUUGUGCUUGUGUUCUUUGACGAUAUUCUAGUAUACAGCUCUUCUAUGGAGGUCCAUUUGGAACAUCUCUCUAUUGUAUUGAACUUACUAGCUCACCAUCACUUCUAUGCUAAACUAUCCAAGUGUACUUUCGGGCAAACUUCCAUUGAUUAUCUUGGACACAUGAUCGGCGAGCAAGGAGUGCAUGUAGAUCCUUCCAAAAUAUCAGCAGUAACUGCUUGGCCAAUUCCCACGAAUUUGAAGACACUAAGGGGUUUUCUUGGUCUCACAGGCUACUACCGUAAGUUUGUCAAGAAUUAUGCACAUAUAACAGCUCCUCUUACUAAUCUUCUUCGCAAAGAUAGCUUUCAAUGGUCUGAUGAAACAGAAGCAUCCUUCCAGGCUCUAAAAAAUGCACUAACCACUGCCCCUGUUUUGGCGCUACCCGAUUUUUCCUUACCAUUCUCUAUUGAAGCCGAUGCCUCUAAUGUUGCCAUUGGAGCUGUUUUGGCCCAAGCUGGGCACCCCGUGGCUUAUUAUAGCAAGAAAUUGGGUCCUCAAAAGCAGUUAGCGAGCACCUAUGUCCGAGAACUAUAUGCCAUCACCGAAGCAAUUCACAAAUGGAGACAGUACCUAAUUGGUCGUCCUUUUGUAAUUUAUACUGAUCAGCAGAGUAUAAGGAAUAUGAUGAACCAAACGGUUCAAACGCCCGAGCAACAAAAAUGGCUCGUUAAAUUAUUGAGGUUUCAAUACUCAAUUGAGUAUAAGCCAGGCCAUCAAAACAGUGCAGCUGAUGCCUUAUCACGGUGCCACUCUUUACAGGCAACUCAUUUAGCUAUAACUCAGCUUGUUCUAUCCUUCUUGGAGGACCUUCGCAAGUUCUAUCUUGCAACUGAUGAGGGCAAGAAAUUGUGGGCUAAGGGAACUUCUAAGGCUGAUGCCGGUUUCACUACGAUGGAUGGCUUACUUCUUUUCAAAGGCCGAAUUGUUAAAUACGAAACUACAAGGCCAGGGGGAUUGUCUACUCCUCUUCCUAUUCCAACUCAGAUAUGGCCGGACAUCGCCAUGGAUUUCAUCACCAACUUACCUGCUUCUCAUGGGAAGACUGACAUAUGGGUAAUCGUAGACAGGCUAACCAAAUAUGCGCACUUUAUUGCACUGCCCUCUUCUUAUACAGCUUCGCAAUUAGCAGAAAUCUUUUGUAAAGAUGUAUGCAAAUUGCAUGGUAUGCCUGCUUCAAUUGUCAGUGAUAGAGAUCCAAAGUUCAUGAGUAAUUUCUGGUCGGAACUAUUCAAACUGCAAGGCACCAAGCUCCUCCACAGCAGCGCUUAUCACCCUCAGUCCGAUGGACAAUCGGAGGUUCUAAAUAGGUGUCUCCAGACAUAUUUGAGAUGUUUUGCUAGUGAGAAACCUCGUUUGUGGACCAAAUUCCUACAUUGGGCAGAAUAUUCUUAUAACACAUCUUUUCAUACAGCAGCUGGAUUAACUCCUUUUGAAGAUGUAUAUGGAAGAUCACCACUUACUGUUCUGUCUUAUUUACCUGGAGCCACUAAGGUCGCUAAAUUGGAAGAGAGCCUCGUGGAGAGACAACAGAUCCUGACCUUACUCAAAAACAAUUUGGAAAGAGCACAAAACCGCAUGAAAAUGCAGCAUGACCAUCACCGCACUGAGAAGCAAUUUGAAGUUGGAGAUUUGGUACUUUUGCGUUUGCAACCUUAUCGACAGAUUUUUGUUAGCAAAAGAUCCUCGCAGAAGCUGGCUAAGCGAUUUUUUGGUCCCUUUGAAGUCUUGAGAAAGUUGGGACCAGUUGCUUAUGAAUUAAAGUUACCGCCCGAGGCUAAGAUACAUCCUGUAUUCCAUGUGUCAUUGCUGAAAAGGUACUAUGGUUCAUCCCCUGUAAACCAUGCUUCUUUGCCUUCGACUUUUGUUGAAGAUAAACCAGUCCUGGAACCAAUGGCUGUGUUAGAUUGCCGCGAGACUGUUACCAAUGGAAUCACUAACAAACAGUUUCUGGUGCAAUGA